UGUCAAACUUGCCUCCUGCUCGGUUGCCUUUGUCCCGUGUGCGAGCGGCUGUGUGGCGGCAGGUGUGUGAGCUGGCAGCCGGUGUGGGGCUGUGUGUUCCCCGGCUGCUUUCUGUGUGUUUAGCUGGUGUGUUUCUUAUUCUAGGAGUUGAUAUUCUGGAGGACAAGGGGCCGAUAUAACUUAGACCCACCAACGCCUGCUCGGUGUCAGGGAGAAUUUUUUUUUUUUUUUUUAGAUGUUUUUCCGAAAGAUGGCGUCUUUCGGGACUCUUCCUGACACCGUUUCUCGCCCCUCGCCGUCCGUUUUUCCGCCUCGCCGCCGCCGGAGACGUUAAUAUUUAUCUUUGAUGGAAGUUAUCAGCGUGGCUCGCAGCGUUAGCCUAGCAGGACUGUUAGCUAGCGUUAGCUUUAGCCGCGGCUAGCACUUGUUCUCCGGGUAACGUCUCGCAGCCUCUCUCUCUCUCGCGCGGAGCAACGUCGGCGGAUUCCACGGAGGGUUUUUUCUCUUCUUUUUCCACACCGAAACACCCGAAAAAAAAACCCCACGAUAAACCCAACAACCACCACUACCACCACCUCCCCCCCCUCACCACCACCACCACCACCCUUCCUCCACCUCCUCCUCUCCUCUCCUCCGUGGAGAAACGUGAGAGUUCACGGUGCCGAGAGGACGCACAGAGCGAGGCAGGUCGGCUGGCUUCGUCGGGAGAAGCUCCAGACGGCCAUAGUGGCUCAAUAAGAAGGUUAUAAAACAUUUAUUUGUGCGCCGGAACAAGGAAAACACACUUUUUGGAGUGUUGCAGCGGUGACGGCUCCGUGUCCAAACCUCCAUUUUAGCUCGGUUUGUCGGCUCUCGGCCUCUGCAGCGGCAUGUGAUGCUGAUGGAAGUUUAUCCAGACAACUUCAUGUCCCACCCAGGGAGCAAUUACUCCAAUUAACCGGCCGCCGUUACACACUGCUGCGAGUACCACAGUACUUUUACUCACCUACUCGCCCCGGGGACGGUCUGCAGGGCAGCACAGAGGGGUGGAGUCCAGUCCCACAGCCAGGUGCGGCACUUUAAUGCUUCAGUUGGAUGGUUUUCCUACUGGAGACGGUGUUAAGGCUGAUCGAUCGGCUGGCAGACUGACUGGAUCCAUGAUGGAAUUACAGACGUUACAGGAGGCCCUGAAGGUGGAGAUCCAGAUCCAUCAGAAACUGGUUGCUCAGAUGAAGCAGGACCCUCAGAACGCAGAUCUGAAGAAGCAGCUCCAUGAACUCCAAGCGAAGAUCACAGCACUGAGCGAGAAGCAGAAAAAGGUGGUGGAGCAGCUGAGGAAGGAGCUGCUGGUGAAGCAGGAACCAGAGGCCAAGCUGCAGCUGCAGGUCCAAACUCCUCCAGCAGGCGGCGACAUCAAGCCGGCGAACCUGCUGCAGAGCCAGCAGAUACCUGGAGGACUGCAGCAGCAGACCCUGACGGUCACGCCGGUCCUCACCACGAAGACUCUACCUCUGGUGCUGAAAGCUGCCGCCACGCCCGCCCUGCCCGGCUCCGUCCUGCCGCAACGCCCGCCCACCGUCGCUAUGGUAACCACAGCUAUCACCAAACCCGACUCGCAGAACGCGCCCAUCAACCUGCAGGUGGCCAGCAAGCUGACCAAUCAGAGCUCGGAGCCCGUGCGGCUGGUGUCCAAGAACGCCAUGGUGGUGCAGGCCACCACCACCACCACCGCCACCGCCCAGCCAAUCAAAGUUCCUCAGUUUGUCCCUCCUCCUAGACUGACGCCUCGACCCACCUUUCAGCCACAGGUCAGGCCAAAGCCGGCCACGCCCACCAACGUCCCCAUCGCCCCGGCCCCUCCCCCGCCCAUGAUGGCGGCCCCCCAGCUGCUGCAGCGGCCCGUCAUGCUGGCCACCAAGCUGUCGUCCUCGCUGCCGUCGGCGGCCCCCAUCCACCAGGUGCGCAUCGUCAACGGCCAGCCCUGCAGCAAGACCGGCUCCACCCCGCUGACGGGCAUCGUCAUCACCACGCCGGUCUCUGCCACGCCCACCCGCCUCGCCAGCCCCGCCCAGGCGCCCAACCCCGCCCCCGUCCCCACCCCGACCCCCGCCCAGCCGAUCCAGAUCAGCAGCCUGACCACUGAGCCCAAGCAGACUGUUAAAUCAGGAGGAGCAGAGCAGAAGGCCGUCGUCAGCCUCCCUUCCUCCUCCACCCCUCCGCUGUCUCCUCCUCCCAGACCCAAGAAAGAGGAGAAUCCAGAGAAACUGGCCUUCAUGGUGUCUUUGGGCCUCGUAACACACGACCACUUGGAAGAAAUUCAGAGCAAAAGACAGGAGAGGAAGAGGAGAACGACGGCCAACCCGGUGUACAGCGGAGCCGUGUUCGAACCCGAGAGGAAAAAGAGUGCAGUGAGUUACCUGAACAGCCCUCUGCACCAGGGGACCAGGAAGAGAGGUCGCCCACCCAAAUACAGCAGCGUCCCGGAGCUGGGCAGCCUCACCCCGACCUCCCCCUCCAGCCCCGUCCAUCCCCUCCCCCUGCCCAGCCCCAGCUCUGGGGAUGGAGACAUCCAUGAGGAUUUCUGCACUGUGUGCAGACGCAGUGGCCAGUUGCUCAUGUGCGACACGUGUUCUCGUGUUUAUCACCUGGACUGCCUGGAUCCACCCCUGAAAACCAUUCCUAAAGGCAUGUGGAUCUGUCCAAAAUGUCAAGAUCAGAUCCUGAAAAAAGAAGAAGCCAUUCCGUGGCCCGGCACCCUGGCUAUCGUUCAUUCCUACAUCGCUUACAAAGAAGCUAAAGAAGAGGAGAAGCAGAAGCUGAUGAAGUGGAGUUCUGAACUGAAACUGGAGCGAGAGCAGCUGGAACAGAGAGUCAAACAGCUCAGCAACUCCAUAACGAAAUGCAUGGAGACCAAAAACACCAUCCUGGCUCGGCAGAAGGAGAUGCAGAUUUCCUUGGACAAAGUCAAACACCUGAUUCGCCUAAUCCAAGCCUUCAACUUCAACCAAGCCCUGGCAGAGACGGAGGGUAAAGACGUAAGAGUGCAGGACAGUGCUGAGGCUGCAGGCGCCUCUGAAACUGCACCAGAAACCAACUCUGUGGAGAAAGUGAAACCAAGCAGCUCCCCAACAAGCGGCGGCAUCGAUGGAGGCGACAAACAGGAAGAGAAAGGAGCCACAGGAAGCAACCAGACGCCCGAAGCCGACGGCCAGCCCGACAAAACAGUCCUAACAGCGGAUAACAGCCCCGGUGGAGGGGCGGGGGGUAAGGCGGGGCCUGGGGCAGGGGGAGGGGGUAACACAGGGACCGGUCUCCAGCUGGAGGUCGUGGCCAAGCCUGAGACUGAGGCAGCUCCGGUGGCCGACGUUCCCGCCUCUUCAGCUGUCGCGUCUGUCGCCACCACCAACGGCACGACCGAGCCGACCUGCCCCGACCACAGCCCCACAGCAGGCUGCACCGCCAACGCAACCACCAACUCUGAGAACAAGAUGGCUGCCGUCAACCCUCCAGAGACAGCGGUGGAGAAGAAACAGGAGGAGGUCACUGACAGUGACGGCAGCAACACCAACAACAGCAAAACCUCAGAACCCUCCCAGCAUUCUUUGCCAGCUCUGGUCAGCAGUUUGGACAAUAAAAAAUAAUGCUACGUCUCUGGAGUCGCGGGAAUUCAAACAUAUAUAUUAAAAAAAAAAAAAGACUUUGCUUGCACCGUAUGGUGCCCUGAAGUUGCCAAUCUGUAUAAAUGUUGUUUGUUUGCAUUGUAUUGUCAGACUGUGUCAAUGGUAGAUAUACAGCCCAAGUCACAUGACUCUGGGAAGACGUAGGCUGUUCCACCCACAAAGCUGGGCUACAGGAAGGCGUACGCACCAGUGUCAUCAUGCCAAUUAGUGAUAGACGUCAUGGUGGGAAUGCUCAAAGGGAGAUUUAAUUCAUCAUCACACCAGUGUGUGCCUGUUAUAGUGGCCCCUGCGUUCUCUGGUGGGGUGGGGAGACGGUUCACAUGGGUACAAAGAUAACCGAGAACGUGGAACCAAACAUCUGUCAGGGGUUACUGGUCUAAGAAGCAGUGUUGUGAUAGUAUGAAAAGAGAACCUGUUCAUCCCCUCGUCCCAACGAGCUUAAUGUGAACAACCUCCUGCAGUCCGAUGAUCUCCUCUACGUUUGAACUGUCCUGAACCUUAACCAUCAGUCCCAACCUGUCCCAGUUAACCCCUAACCCUAAACCAGUCAUCAUCCCUGUCAAUCCACGACUAAACCAUCCUUCCCUGUUGAACUUGAACUUUGCUUCUAGAGACUGACGACAAACAAACCUUACCGAAAGGGUUCAGUAUGCUUCAAACAAAGUGUCAACUGAGUAGAGAUACCCAAAGGCAGCACAAAAACUUGCAACUAAUGCCAUUAAGGCUGGAAAUGUAGAUAAUAUUUUCAGUUUUCCUUGAACAGUCAUAUCAAAAGUGUAACAAGAAUGAAAAAUAUCAUAGACGUAACUGUCAAAAAUUAUGCAGAUACUUUGAUCCUUUGAACUUUCUGAAUUUCAAGGUUGGAAAGCUUUGGGUGGAGAGGGAUGCGAGACGUUGUUUGAUGACCUUUUAUUAACCAACAGCAGUAACUGCAACCCAGUACAAGUUUUUCCCAGUUUAAGAAUUAUCUACAACCGAUGGGCCCAUCCAGAAGACUUAAAUUCUACCAGUUGCAUGAUUGUUGGAUGUUGAGGUGGUGUUGGAAUAAGGGCUUACAGAUAUCCCAACAGGCACUUAAACUGACAUCCUUAUCUUACUGAUCUUGAACCAGUCAGGUAACAUGAUCAGAAGCAGUAAACUUCCCAUCCUUCCAUUAGCUUUACCCACGCUAUCCUGCAGAGGGUUGUGGGGGAUAACUAAAUUAGAAUGUGCAAUUCAGUGAAAGGUUGCAGAUUGUAUGCAGUUGCUGCAGCUUGUACAUUUCAGAAUCUGGUGUGAAAACUGCAGAACCUCCCCCUUGUCCUUAAAAACUGUAAUUCCUCCCAGUCAGCCACUGAUUUUAAUUAUUAGCAUUCUUAUUAAACCCGACAGCCCAACCAACCUCCCUACUCAGCAACCAGCAGUUCACCUUUACCUUGCCUCCCCUUGGAAAAAAAAGUGCCAGUCAAACUAAAAUCUUGCCUCAAAACCACCUCUAUAUACCUCUCAACUGCUGCGUAAAGACUUUUAAAAAAGUGUUAUUGAAGCUUACUUAAACAUUUAAACUGAGGUAUGCAAGCAAGACAAGAACUUCUACUAUAACUGAGAAGACUUUUGGAUGUUUCAGGUCAACUUCUUUGUCAUUUACAACUUUGUACAGGUCGUUUGAAGCAUACUGAUGCCUUUAAACAGACUUUCCAAACAUAACCUACAACUUAAACCAUGACUAAACAAAAAUGGCUUUCAUGACAUGACCGAAACAUAAACUUAGCUGUAACCCAGGUAACUGAAGAAUCUUUCCUCUCCUCAUCCUCUAAUAACCUAACAUUACCCAUUGAAAGUAUUGGACACAUAUUAGUGAAGCAUACUGAUACCUUUAAACUGAGGUACCUAAGUUCCCCAUCGACCAAUGACGUUAGCCCUAGCUUACUUUGAAAGACCUGUGAACAAGUCAUGUCCAUUUCCUUGAACCCAGAAGGCUUCAGUGUGCUUCCGGUCAACUGAUAAGUGCAAAUUCUAAUCUGAAGUGCCGUGUACAACUUUGUGAUGGUCAUUUGAAGCACACUGAUGCCUUUAAUCAAACUUUGCCAGCGUUACAAUCAAUAUAAACCAUUGACACAACAAAGCAAACAUGACUUCCAGACAUGACUUAAACCUGAAUUUAGCUCUAAGCUAAUUGAAGAAUCUUACCCACAGAAAGUUUUGGACAUGUAUUAUUAAAGCAUACUGAUACCUUCAAACUGAGGUACCUGACUUCCCAUCAACCAAUGAUGUAAGUCUGACCUUAUCUUUACAGGCCAGCAAACGAUUUCUGACUUUUCCUGAACCCAGAAGGCUUCAGUGUGCUUCAGGUCGACUGCUUUUUUCUAAGUCUUGUCUGAAGUGUUGUCUACAACUUCGUAAAGGUCAUCUGAAGCACACUGAUGCCUUUAAAAAGACUUAACCAAACCAAGUGUUUGAUGUGUUAUUGAAACAUACCAAUACCUUUAAACAGGUAUCCAACUUCCCCAUCAGCAAAGGCCUGCGAACAAUUUGGGACCAUUUCCUUGAACCCCAAAGGCUUUAGUGUGCUUCAGGUUGACUGCUUUGAGCAAAGUCUCGUCUGAAGUAUCGUUUACAACUUCGUAAAGGACAUUUGAAAGCACACUGAUGUCUUCAAACAGACUUACCAAACUUAACGACAAAAAUCCAUGACUUCCCCUUUAGCCCUAAGAAUCCUUGGUCUCCCAGUCACCCAAUGAUAAACCCACCAACCAAGAGUCCCAGUUACCCUGCCCUCUCCCCAUCUCUCCCCCACUUGCAUCCCUGAGCUCAGGCAGAAACGCAGCUGAGCGUCGUACAGAGGACGAGGUCGAACAGGCGCCGUAGCCUAACAGAUGUUUUCAGUGGUGUCGGUCAAGUGUAGUGAUUGAGUUUUCAUUCGUGUGUCAAGUGUGUCAACUGUGAGCACUAAAUGUGAAAUUGCAAUAUUGCAAUGUCAACACACAAACUAUAUCUGGGCUGUGUUUCUUUUUUAUAGGAAAAGAUAUUCAGGUCUUCCUAGUCUUCAGAAUAAGUGCUUUCUGUUCCUGAACCUGCUGGACUGGCAUUAUCAACACAAAAAGGAGUCCUCUUUUUGAAGUGGUGAUCUUCGCAUUCUGUGCAUUUCUGUUGAAUCCUGAACUGCCAAAAUGAUGUUGUAUCCAAAUUCAGCAGGGACGAGUCCACUUACUGUUUUGAAAGAUCAAAUCAUUUGGCGUUGUAAGAUAUAGAUGCUACCAUUUCAGAAAUUGGAAGUCCCCAGAUUGAGACAGGAAAGCUUAUUAAACAAUAACAUUAAAGGAACUUUUUGUCCUUGAAAUGGAGGAUUUGUCGUACGAGCCUGCUCCUGCAGACGGAUCUCAAAGGACGAUACCACAAAUCCUGAGAUUAAAGCACAAGCUUGCUGCAUUACAAAGAAGUGCUGAAGAGCUUUUUGUACGUUAAUAUGGAAUUAAACAGAGUAUGCAUCUCUUUGUUGUGAUGUGACUUAUCCCCACAUUGCCAAUAUUUUUCUAGGAGGAAAUACAAACCUCUGUCUGACAUUAAGGCUCAAGUCUAGUUCAUGUUUUCAGGAGGAGUGCCCGGGCUUCUGCCAUCUCAGAAACCCCUUCAUCCCCUCACAGUUAGACAUCUCUUUUCUUUCUGGAGCAUGUCUGGGCUGAAAUGUGACGCUGUUGUCCGUCGGCUUGGUGGCUGUCAGUUCGGGUCUGUCUUUGAAUGGUGAACUGAUCAUGACUUCUGGCUUCUUGUUGGGUAUGGGGUGGUUACAAACUCUAGUCUGUUCAUUAACGGUGCCUCUGGUUGUGCUGGACUUUAUUUUGUUUCUUUUUUUGCUAUAUUGGAGGGUUGUUGCUUAUAUUUUAGCCGUCCAACAAUGUAUUUCACCCCUGAUGUGUUGAAAUCUUCAAACCUGUUUUUAAUCUAUGUUGUUUUAUUGGUAUGGGUUUUACGGCCAUGCUAGCUGCACCUGUUCACUGUCUUAUGCAUCUUUCCAAUUAAUUUCUGUUACAGACAUUCAUGUUCUCCAGUAGAUGAACCUGACUGAUGUUGGUGAUCCUCACACCAACGUUUCAAUGUGUCCAACAAUUUGGUUUAUGACCAAACAUCUGCAGAAAAGACAUUCCCAUUAUGUGGACCACUACUUAGCUAAUGCUAGCAUGCUAACAUGCUAAGCAAACAUGGUAAAUAUUACUGCUGCAGAGUCAAAGUAAAACUAAGCAACUUGCACAGGCUUUUUGCAUAAGCUACAAUCAGUACUAGCAAAUAUAAUGGCAGAACUGCCAGCUGACGAAAUCUGUCACGUGAAAUUAUUCUGCACGUGUUAGCAUGCUGACAUUUUUGCUCAAAGCACGACUGUGUGUAAGGCCAGUAUUAUACUUUCUUUAAGUUUGUGAGGGUCCAUGAGAUGUACAUUUUAGCAACUCUUGAAGUCCACGAGAAUCUGCACAGACCUCCUUAUGAAUGUUCACGUGCUGCCCAAAAUUUGUGUUCAUAGGGUGACGACGCAUCAAGGUCAGUAGUGUCAACUUGUUGUCCACGGUAUCUGCUCAUGUCCAUAUAUACUUCCCCACGGGAGUGUAGUGAAGGCUUAAAACUGCGUUCAGUUCGUGUCGGAGGACAUAAAUUUCCAAGUUGAGCAUUCCAAAUUCUAGCUUGAAGCAUUCCCGACUCCAGGUAUCUGGAACAGCAACACAACUGAACCAAAUAAACAUUUAGUCAGAUCGCUACAGGCACAGCCAACCACAAACGUUACAAAAUGUUUUAUCUUGUGUCAUUUACUGAUAUAACCUCAGUAAAGUUUGGCUUUUGUGGACGCUUGUUCUGCAGACAAUGCUGCAACCUCAAGGCUGUAGACUGUAUUUAAACAAUGGAUGUAGCCAUGGUGACAAGUGGAUUAACAUUUGGCCAUCGACGUUUUAGCCUUUUAAAACUGGACGUACCAAGCAAGAGGUGGAUCUGACUUGAGAACUUGGUGACAUGCCCGUGCAGGAGCAAGCUGUCAAUCACAAGGUAGCCCCACCCUAAAGCGUAACCUGCUUUAUUGGCAAUAGGACUAUAAUUCACAAAUUAAAUAUCUUGCUACAUUGAAGCACACUGAAAACUUGCAGUUGAAACCAUGAAGUCAUUAGGAAAAUGUUUACUGAGGUAGCAGAUCAAGUGAGAAGUAGACUAAUUUUUUUUAUAGAAUGAAGCUUCUUUUGCAACCAGAGGACUCGCUGCCUGCUAACGAACUUGUCUUUGAAUAUCUGCAAAGUUUAACUAGAUACAGCAAUGAAAGAGGAGGCUAACAACGGAUAUCGUUUAGUUAGAACAUCACACAUACAGAUGACCACUGAUGUUACCGAUUCCAGAUGCUUCUUUUACUGAUACAACCUCAAUAAUGUUCACUUUUGUGGACGCUGUCAUACAAGGUGCAUAAAACUGAUCCGACUUCCUCACAUGGAGUUUCAACUUGAGGAUCGCCUACUUGAGUAGGAAGUUGCAGGAGCUGCUAGCAUGGCCGCAGAGGGUUGUAGACCCUCAGUUCCUCCUUGCAUCAGGAUGCUAUGCUGGUGGACAUGGGUGAACAUGUUGUUGGGCGGCUACGAACUUUUUUUUUCUUUCAUAUCACAUGGACUCUGAAUCAGCAUAUCUGACACCUGGUUCUCUGACAUCAACUGUACAAACUGCCUUCAUUCAGAAGAUCCCAGAAAGUGUUUGGCCACAGUGAUUGAUGAUGUGAUUAGUCUGUGAUGAAGAGUUUAGCCGGAAGGAAAACGAGAGCCAGAGAUGCAAGUCUAACAGAAAAUGGCAACUAAUGUGUCCUGAGUUUCUUAUGAGUAUCAUUAUUGUGUGUUUUGUUAUUUCUUGGCGUACUCGGGUGGAUGUUCUUCUUCUUCUUCUUGUUCCUUCUUCUUUCAACAUGUCAGACUGUGUUCACUCGUGGAUAGAGCAGAGUAGUCAUCCAGUCUCUUCACUCAACAACUUUCAAAGAGCCCAAACUUGUUCCAGACAAACUGGACCUUUCCCUUCUGUACAGUAGGUACCUCGAGUGCCUUUCUUCAAACAGCAGAUAAUAUUUGUCUCUUGACUUGCACUGUGACUUGUAGAACCUUACUAACCCUCCGGAUAAUCCUACCACCCAACCAGACCCGACCCAGCCCGUCCCCCAGGAGCUCCCCUCCAGACUCCGGAGCACAAACCCGGUCCCUUCACCUCAGGCUGCCAGUAGUCAAUGCAAGUUGAAACUACAUUUCAUAUUAUGCCGUUUUAAAAAUCGACCAGAUAGUGUUUUGUUGUUGUUUAAAAUAGGAGUUGCCUUAAAUGUGUUUUAAUUUCCUUUUUACAUUCGGGGGGUUAAAAAAAAAGAUGAAAAUAAAGACGCUGAUGGAGGUCGGAGGCAGUUUGGCGAGAAGCUGUUGAUGAUGAUGAGAUCUCGCUCGGGGUUGUUUUUGUGAUGCACUUUUGGUUUGACCAGUAUUAUUAUUAUUAUCAGAAAUCGGGAUCCGUCAUGCAUUUUCUAGCUGGACUCGGGAGCUCGUUUGUUCUGUUUCGAAAAGUCCGCCGUCCCCUCUGUGCUGUGGUUCUUCUUCUUGUGUUUUGGGAGGAGGGGUGAGUUUGCUAAAUCAGGUCAUGUGAGCCGGAGCCUGUGUGGAAUGAACAAACCUAAAACCCAAUUAGCAACAUCUGUCCACUCGGCGUGGUGGAGCGCAUGCCUUCUUAUGCAAAUUUUUAUACAAGACUUGUCAAACCUUUUUUAAUAUGCAUUUUGCUUUUGUUGAUUUUUUUUAAGUUUUUAUGUGAAACUCAAGUCACCUUUCUUUCUUACUUCUUUUCUUUUCUUUCCUUCUCUCUUUCGUUGAACAUUCUGGCGUCCGGAUGCCAAACGUGUGCAGUUUUGUUAUCGCGGUCGCAAUUAACCUUUGCGAGGAGACGUUUCUUUCUGGUGUCGCGUUUUGUGGACGGAGCUGCGAAGGUUUAAGCUGUGGAUGUAUAAAGGAGAGCUAGAUUUAACAAAAUCUUAGAAGUCUUAGAGCUUCUAGUGUUUCUAUCCGGCUUAUUGGCAUCACCAUUGGUAGAACCACUGCAGGAACAUACAAGUCGGAUUUAGGACAGUCCGAACCUUUUAUAUGUGUUCCGGCUGUAAGAACCGACCCUUUAGCGCCUCUUUCAUGGCAGAAAAACUACCUACUCUAGGUUAGGUACUCACUGAGAAACUUCUAUGUGAGUUUCAAGCUGGUUGGUUAAAUUUGGAGAGAACAUCAAGCCCCAUUUUUUAGCUGAUGUCCUCGUCUGGUAUCAAUCAACAUCGGCGUAAACUAACAACAAAUCUCUAUGUCCUACAUGAUUAUAGAACUCGAGUUUUGUUGUUGUUUUGGUGCACGCAGAAACAGAAAGUCUAAAAGGGACAAUUAAGGGUCCAUUCCUGCACUGGAAAGUUGCCAUUUGUGAUGUUGAAACAUUUGAAAAGCUUCACCAUUAAAAGCUCUGGGGAAGUUGAAGACCUAAAGUUAUUCUCAGCCAUUCCAAAUCUUGACUUACAGUUGAGUUUCUUCUGGCUGGAAAUGACAUAAAAAUAAGACAAAAGACAGUACGACAUCGUGUUACUGAUGAAUUUUAACUGUUGCUAUGUUCUUGCUUUUACUAGAUGUUCUUUAAAUUCCUGCCACAUCAGUCAAGCAGUUUUUAUAAUUGCUGAUGUGAGAUUCAUCAGCAUGGUCUUGGUGGUGAUUCUUCUUGGCCUCUACUAAGACGUCGAUGUUAUUCGCCCAUCAAAUGGCCUGUUAUCAUUGCACAUCAUUCAGUCUAGUGGGACGAAAAUGUGAUCUUAUCCAUUUAUUGAUUGGAUUCAUUGAUCCUGUCUGUAACUUUUUAUGUCAUUUCCAGCCAAGAUUCAGUAGAAAUCACUGUUUUUCACGGCUGUAAUAGAGUUAAAUCCAGCAAUAAUCAGCUCUCUGGUUCCAUCCAUGGCUGCAGCUCCUCGGUUUAGGUCUUAAUUUGAACUGGGCUAAUGCACCAUGCUGAAUGUUGGGACCCGGCAGAGCUGCGUUGGAGGGUCGGGGGGCUCGAUCAAGUCUUAAAAACUGUUCCUCGCUUUCUGUUACCGAGCUCUAAAAGUGAAUUUAUCCAAAGAACACUGCACAUGUUUGUUUGGACACCUUGUCGCUGCAUAUCAUCACCUCGUUGGUUUCCCCGCGUCAGCAUCGUGUGCAUUCACCAAGCUGGAAGACGUCCCGUUUAAAAAAAAAAAAAAAAAGACAAAACUAAACUCUGGUUCCCGUGAAGCAACAGUGGUUCGCUCCGACUCGAGUCUCUUUUCAUUUUCUCUCUCCGUUUUAAAACGAUCAAGUCAUGAUUGUGGCCUUCUAGUAUUCUGUCGGUACAUGACGUCAUUAAUCGGUUGUUUCCCGCUCAGCCUCCAUCCUUCCUUCCUUCCAUCCAUCCAUCCUGUCCGGACCCAACUGUACACCUGCAGCUUCUUACCUCAUCCACAGCUGAUUCCAUUUGGGGGGUGUGUUGAGUGCAAAAAAGAAAAAAAAGAAAAAAUGCGUUUUAAAAAAAAACAAAAUAAAGAAGUCUUUUUUAAUCUUCCAUUUGGUGAGAUGCAUUGUAGCGAUAUGAAUAAAGAAAAAGUUCACCUGGUGUGCUGAAUAAUGUGUAAAUUGGUAAUUACACAAUCUGAAUAUUUGUAUAAUUGUUUGUAUUUUUUCAUAAUGAUUUUGGAAAGGAAUGUGUUUAUUUUUUUGACUUCUGUUCCAGAUGUGUCUUCUGUUGGCCUGACAUUGUGACUGGUCUGGUGGGAUUCUUACCUCUGUAUUGAGCCUCUUCUGUGAUGAAUUCUUUGUAUGCAGUGUUUAGGAAAUACUGUAGGGAACAUGGGGAGGAGUUGAUAUUAGGAGCAUUUGAUCAAUUUGUAUUUAUUUAUUUUAUCAUUUUGUUAAUAAAUUGUGAAAAGCA